AUGAGUCAGCACGUGAAGCGUUCCGGAAGUGUCAUUUAGUCGAUAAUUCUCCUACGGUUCCGGGUAGACCAUGUUAAAACUGCGGCAGUCAAAACUGGCCAAGAUGGAAAAUAACGACGAAUUUCUCUUAGCCGGACAAGAAAGAACACAAUCAACAGAUAAAUGUGACAUCAAGGAAGAAAAAAGAGCUACAAAUGUCCCUAUUCAUUUAUUAGAAAGGUUCAAAGUAAUAGAAAAAAGAACAGAUGACAUGACUAAAAGGUCAAGAGAGAAAAGAUUAAAACACCUGCAAAAAUCUAUUAAAGAAAAAGUUCACAAAGAGAUAACCUUACCAGAAGAUAGAGAAAUUCUUAGAAAAUAUGAUGUGAAAUUUGGUCCUUCUGUUGAUAAUAAAAAGAGGUCAUUUUCUGAUGAUGCUAAUGAUACAGAAAUAAGCCAUAAAAGCAGUAAAGAGAGUACAUCAAAAGAUGUUGAAGUCUUGAACCAAUAUCUAGGUGUAAAUGACCAUCUGAAGGGUAUAAAUAGAGGCAGUGCAGCUCCCAGGAGUGGAUUAGAGAAGAAAAUAGAUCAUGCUAUUGAAUUAGGAGAAUUUAACACAGCAGAAAAACUUAGUGAUAGAUUAGCGACUCGUGAGUUUGGGACAAAGAUAGCAGAUGCCUUCACAGCUAAAGACUACAUAGAAAAAAAGAAAUUAGAAGAGAAAUGCUCAAAAAGAAAGAAGAAGAAAUUGAAUUGGGGGUUUGAACAAAAGCACAGAUGGGAAACCAAAAGUAACAUGUGAUACAACUGUAACUGCACAGUUCUACUCAAGGUCAUUCCAAGCCAGACAUGGGAUUUUGAAUGAGACAUGAAUGAUGAUGGAUACUUCAUACUAGAUCAAAUAAUAUUACUCACAUUCAUGGACAUAGAAAAAUAAACAUCUUGUGUAGUACAGACUGGAACAGUUUACAAUACCAAUGUUAUGUGAUAAAACUACCAAAGUGGAAAAAUAUGACAUUUACCAUUCAGUAAUGAGAGUUGCUUUAUCUAACUGGUCAGAAACUUUAACCAAUUGAAAAGUCAUAAAAUAAAGCCUUGUUACAAUCAUAUAAUACUUUAAUAAAAACAAAUUGCCAUUCAGCAUUGGUGUCAGAAUUAGAAAAGAAAUGCAAUAGGUGAUGAGAAACACUAAGGUCAAGUCAUUAUAGUAUAACUUUAAAUCUAUAAAUAAAUAUUUGGGUUUU